AUGAAUCGUAACGUGGAGUCAGUAAUUGACGAUGCUAUAGCACUAAUUACUUCGCUAAAUUCAUCAGGAUCAGAUUCCAUUCCUGCUUACAAUGCAGAUGCGAUGAAAAAAUGCAUUGCAAAUAUUAAUAAAUUGUACAGGCAAAAUAUUGAUGACUUAAUGAUCUUAAAAUCAAGUUCAGUAUCAGAUAAAAUCGAAAGACGUGAAUUAGCAGUGUCAGUACAUGGAAGACAAAGCUGUAUUGACUACUUAAAACGUUGUUGUUGUACUUAUUUGCAUGAACGUAUGUGGCGAAUUAGACAUCUACGAUGGAAGCAUGGUGGACAUGUGCCAGAAAGUAUUACGGUUCGCUUUUGUGUUCAACAAAAUUUAUGCGAGACAGAAUUAAAAUGGCUACAAGAAUAUAACACACUGCUUGCCGAUUUUCAAGUUUCAAUGGGUGAUAAUGGAGUGAAUUUAUUAUUAAAUAUGAAGCCAUCUCAGAAUUUAUUUGUCAAGGUUCGAGCAAAGCAAAAUAUUGGCUCAUAUGAGUUAAGUGAUGGAACAACUGUUACCCUUACCGAAAAUGCUUUGGUUAGUGGGGAAUAG